AUGUCUGUGGACGUCAUGCCGACAAGGAUGCCCUGCGUGGACCCACCGUCGGGCCGAUUGGCGUUUCCAGCAUCCACCCACGCCACCAUUGUCAGCUUCCUCUGCUUGUCCGGACACCUUCUCCUUGCUGCAAAGCAGGACCUGCUUCUCACUCUGCUGAACUAUUUUUCAGGCUCCGCUACCAUGCAAGUGCUGGUAGCUGACAGUAGCGAUGUUUCAAAGGUCUAUGGCCGCACGAAUGUCCUUGCGGUGCAGUUUUCCACCUCGACCGUUCUCUUCCUCGCAGUGACCAAGCGGGCACGCCAGCUAUGGCGCAGCCUCCUCCUCCUGUCCCUGCCGGGCGCACCUGGCACGGCCCUUGGCUUCUACAUCUUGGUGCAGACAGGCGAGAACCUCGAUAUCCUGGAGAGUAUCAAGACCUGCCUCAACUUGACUUUUGGCCUGGUCGCGCUCUUCAAGAUCACUGUGGAGUUCCGCGCCUAUGCGAAGGCACGGCAGGCGAGCCAGGUGCUGCACGUCGCCGAGGUGCUGGACGAGGACAUCGACUCAGCACUGUGCCGGAAGAUGGGAUGGCAGUUCACUCUCUUGGGCUUCUUCUGCGGCCUCAUGAACGGUCUGAUGGGCCUCGCCGGCCCGCUGGCCAUGGUCCAUUUUUCGACGGCGCUGUCCAACAAGCGGAUGACGGCAAACACCUGCUACACGCUAACGCAGGCUUUCUUCAUGGUCACCACAGUACAGCCGGAUGUGCGCGACGCGCAGGAGCUGUCAAGCCACUGGCGGCUCGCGCUCGUCAUUCCGCUGCCCUCCCUGGCGGCCUUGUUGAAGGUCUAUUAG